AUGAUAGCUGGCGAAACAUCAGCAGCCUACGAUGAAGUGCCGACAUACUGUCUUGUGACUGGCCGUACGGUCGGUAUUGGAGCUUACACAGCUCGUCUAGCUCAUCGUAUCGUACAAACGCGCUCAUCUCAUCUCAUUCUCACUGGUGCGCCUGCCCUCAACACCUUAUUAGGAAAGGAGGUUUACACCUCCAACAAUCAGCUAGGAGGCAUCCAGAUAAUGUACAAGAACGGAGUCACUCACGCUGUUGUGAAUGACGAUUUUGAAGGGAUUUGCAAAAUCAUACAGUGGAUGAGCUAUCUACCUUACGAAGUUUCAUCAUUCCCAUAUCGCCGUUAUAUUGGUUUCGAUUCGUCUCCACGACUUGUACAAUUCACCGUUGAACCAAACAAGCCGUACGACAUUCGGCAACUGAUCGAUAGCCGAGAUUCGGAACAUACCCGUGGAAUUUGUGAUUCUAAUUCGUUCGAUGAAAUUAUGAAUGAAUGGGCAAAAACAAUUAUAGCUGGUCGUGCUCGAAUUUGUGGCAUUCCUAUUGGGGUUGUUUCUUCGGAACUUCGGAAUGUGAUGUCCGUCAAUCCGGCCGAUCCUGCUUCACCAAACAGCCAGUCCGUCGAAGUGCAUCAAGCUGGGCAAGUAUGGUACCCGGACUCCGCAUUCAAAACUGCGGAAGUGAUAGGAGAUUUCAAUCGAGAAGGUCUCCCACUUCUAUUUAUUGCAUCCCUUCGUGGAUUUUCCGGUGGACAGCGAGAUAUGUUUGAAAUGGUGCUCAAAUUCGGAGCACAUAUAGUGGACGCACUUCGACAGUAUCGAAGGCCUGUGAUCAUUUACAUACCUUGCCAGGGAGAGCUACGCGGAGGUGCAUGGGUUGUACUUGACAGCAAAAUCAAUCCUGGACUCAUCAGCAUGGUUGCGGAUAAAGAGUCACGAGGAGGCAUCCUGGAACCCAAUGCCAUAGUUGGUAUCAAAUUCCGUGGAGACAAAUUGCUCGCUCUUCAAAAGAGAAACGAUGAACUGAUGCAACAACUUGAUGCCAAGCUUGUCGAGGAAAUUAAGUGCCAUGGUGCUGAUUCUCUGGAGGCGAAUCACGUACGGAAUCUAAUUGCAAAACGAUCAGAUGAUCUCAAAAAGGCCUACAGAGGAGUGAUAGUUGAGCUUGCUGACCUGCAUGAUCGGUCCGAACGAAUGGUCUCUAAGAAAGCAGUACAGCACGUCGUUGAUCUCGCCAAUUCGCGUAAUCUUUUUGCACAGAUUUUUUCGUUGGAAACGGCAAAGGUUCAUAUUUGUGAAAUGUAA